AGGCCAACCAUCGGAAGCAGGCAAAAAGAUCUGUCACGCGUUAGAGCCCAUCGACUGCAGAGCUCUCCAGCCGCAGCAGUAGCGGUUGCUCCUCGAUGCAAACGUGCUCAAUGCGCGGUAUAUAUCUCCUUGCUGUUACGAUCCUACCCACCACAAGCCUCUCCUUCGCCCUUCCAUGAAACACCAGCCGAGCAGGUGAGGAGAGAGAAGCUACACGAAUUGAAACCCCUCCUUCUGUUACUGCUCAUUGCUGCGGCCCAAAGCCAUCGAGAAGAGGAAGAGGAAGAGGAGACAGAGAGAGAGAGAGAGCAUGGAGUGGACCAGAGGAGCCGUGGUCGGCCGCGGCAGCUUCGGCACUGUCAGCCUGGCCUUCGUCCGACGCGAGGACGAACAUCGGCAACUUCCAUCGCUGAUGGCCGUGAAGUCCGCGCCCCUCCCGCGCGCUGCCUUCCUCCGGGAAGAGAAGGCCGUCCUGUCGGACCUCCAAGACUGCCCGCACGUCGUCCGCUGCUUCGGCGAAGAGGUCGCCCCGGACGCCGCCACCGGGACGCCGACCUACAACCUGUUCUUGGAGUUCGUCGCCGGGGGCACCCUUCACGACCUGCUCCGCCGCUCCGGCGGCUCGCUCCGGGAGUCGUCCGUGCGGCGAUACGCGCGCUCGAUCCUCCGGGGACUGCACUGCGUGCACUCCCGCGGUUACGCGCACUGCGACGUCAAACUGCAGAACAUACUGGUUGACCGCCGCGGUGGAGACGUCAAAAUCGCGGAUUUCGGCCUCGCACAGAGGAUCGGAGACAAGAUUCACGGCGGCGCCGGCGCCGGCGGCGGAAUCCGAGGCACGCCUCUGUAUAUGUCGCCCGAAUCGGCGGCGCGGGGCGAGUGCGGGGCCCCGGCGGACAUCUGGUCGGUGGGAUGCGCGGUGGCGGAGAUGGUGUCCGGUAGGCCGGCGUGGGGGCGUCCAGGUGGCGGAGACGCGUGGGAAUUGCUCUACAGGAUCGGGUUCGGCGAUCAACUGCCGGAGAUCCCGAGCGAGCUGUCGGAGGAGGGGAAGGAUUUCCUGCGCCGCUGCUUCGUCAAGGACCCGGCGGAGCGGUGGACCGCGGAGAUGCUGCUGCAGCAUCCAUUCGUGGCCCCAAAUGAUGAUCUCGUCGAUGACUCUGCGGAAGCCGCCGCCGUGGACGGCAAACAUUGCAGUGUGGCAGACGCCUCGCCUCGGAGUGUCUUUGGGUUAUCUCAAUGGUCCUCGUCUUCCAGAUCCCCCCCAUCCUGUUCUACGGACUGGGGCCUGAUGGAAUCGGUAGCAGCAGAAGGUCCAGCUUCUCGUGUUCUUCCUGCUGCUGCUGGUCGAGUCCGGGAUCUCGCAAACACGCAGCUGCCCGAUUGGAGUUCUUGUUCUUCAUCCGAUGGUUGGAUCGAUGUGAGGGAUCGUGAUGUCAAUUCUGUGACAGAGGAGGGAAGACACGAUGACGCCCAGGAAACCAAGCUUGAUUCCAUGCCGACGCUGGAGGAGAAGGUAAGCAGACAUGGACGCGGACCUGCAAGAGCUGAUGUGCUGUUAGAAUCCACAGUUCAGCUCGCUUUGCCAUCUUCGAUCCAACAGCAUGAAGAUAGAAUGGAGUGUGUACGUCUAAUUGGUGGUGGGGUAAAUAUGUGUUCCUCCUUUUGUUCACUGACAGCAAAAGAUUGUAAGGUUGUACCAAAUUUAAAUGUAUACAAAUAUAGAGAUAUUUGAUGCAACUUUC